CGCGUUCAUUACAGCACGAACCGACCUUCCUGUUCGCGUUGCUGUCAGUCGGAGUCGCGACGUCUUUGGAAAUAACAGUUGUCGCCACAAUAUUCAAUCACGACGGCGCCAACCGGCCGCUUUUCAAGUGUACAAACAGACCGGGAACUGCCGUUAAUACGAGCUUCGCCAGCAGCCGGCUGUGGUUUUGACGUUUACCCUCGGCUGAGACCGACGGGGCGGGUCGUUGGGAGCUCCGCUGCGGAGAUGCGUGUGAUGUCUGUUGGCCCUCAGCAGGUGACCACAGGCCACUGCAGCAUUGACGGACAGCUCUGCAGAGAGUCUUUAAUUGGCUCAAGGGGAGGGCCGCUGGGUAAUCCAGAGAGACUUGCAGAGGCCGGUCAGACAGAGAGGGAGAGUGACAGUCGGAACAGGUGAUCUCUAAAACCCUCUCACCUGCCGUACCUGUCUGGGGUGGAGGAACUCAAACACCAGCGUUUACCUGCAGCUGGUGCUCCAGCUACUCCUCAGCAGUGUCGGACUCGGAGAAGGAGCAGCAGAUCGUCUCCUUCCUCCAGACCAGGAUCAUGUCCAGACGCGGCCUCCGGCACGAUGACAGCCUGCCGGACCUCAGUCUGCCGCCCAGCAGCGCCUCCUUCAGUGCGGAUGGAGGCAGCUGGAGGAGCACCAAGGGGAGUGCAAGGUCUCUGAGGUCUCGUCGUUCUCAGCAGCACUCUGUCUCCUGCUCGGAGUCUCUGCUCGUGCACACCCCUCGUAAAACAGCCGGUCCGUCGCUCCACAACAGCAGCCUCCACAGCGCGGCCUCGGACGCCUCCCUGCUCUCCUCCCUGCUGGACGAGUCCUCCAUCCAGGAGACCACGCUGGUCGACUCCUUCUGGGGUUUGGACCAUGAGAUUGAUCCCAAAGAAAGCACCGUCAUAGCGGAGCAGAGCACCGUCCUGGCAGACAGCACUCUGAUUGGUUCAAACGGCCGUUGUGCCAAACACCCGGUCCAGACGCUCGGCAGGGUUUACUGUAAAGACUGUGAGCUCAACUCGGACAGGAAGGAGUCUAUCCCCUCAUACUGCUCCUCCUCCAAAUACACCUCCUCAUCCUCCUCGUUGACGGGGCCGGGGCCCUCGGACCAAGGACAGCCGGAAACGUCCACCAUCUACUGCCGAACCCGGAGCCGCAAAAGGAGGACAGCAGGUGCGCUGGGGUCCAUGUGGGAUGCGGGUGUGAAUGUGAGCAGGAGGGCAGCAGCCUGUGUGAUCUCCCUGCUCACUCUGUUUUUCCAUCACCUGCUGCUGCAGAAACACCACAAUGUGACAGAUGUGCUGCAGCUGUGGCUGGACUCGUCAGUGCUGUGUGUCAGGAGAGCUGCAGCCUGCUGUGUCUCUGCACUGACACACACCUGGCAGGUGUGUCAGGGGCUGACCUCAAAGGUCACAGAGGGCAACAUACACACUGACAGCCGACAUAAAGCUCCAUCCAGUCGGUGUGAAGUCAUGAACCUGAAGGAGUCGACCACGAAGCCGAAGGAGCUUCCUCCUAACGGAUCUCUGUCCAACCUUUUGCUGCCUUGUGCGGUGUGUCUGUCAGUUAAACACGCUCCUGCACUGCUGACACCAACAGGUGACGACUGUAAGGAGAAACAGCGCUCCGAGACGGAUACUGUCCCCUCAUCAUCUUCAUCUUCAUCUUCAUGGUCCUCACUGGCCCUCUGUGUGUUGGAGCUGAUAUGGAGCGCUACUGUUUUUACAGCCUCGUGUCUCUUUCAGCUGACUCAGAGUGCAGCCUCAGCUCUCUGGCCUCUGACCAAGGAAAUAUGUUUUGCUUCACGGCGCGACGGACGGUCUGCAGGCAGAUCAGCAGGUGAGAUGUUCAGGUGGCUCAGUAGACGAUGGCGUCACAUGACAACCAGCGCCCUCCUCACUCGGUUCCCUCUCCGACUCUUCUUGGUUCUCCUCCCUCUGCUGCUCCUCCUGUUCAGCCUGUGUUGGUUCGGUCCAGCCACAGUACAGUCUGUCCUUCCAGCAGUAAACCUCACAGAGUGGAGGACGGCGAUCUCCGAUGUCCCCGGUCUGUCCUCAGUCCGCAGCUUCAUGGCCUCACAGAGCCAAUCAGCAGAGAGAGCUGUGGAGGAGUCGAGGGAGGUGCAGCCCUACGUGGAGCCGCUCUACAAUCGACCUCCGCCAGCUCAAACCCAGACGGCAGAGGAGGAAGAGUCUGCGGUGGAAGAGUCGGCCCGGCUCGUUCGUGUGGAGCAGAGUCUGGCGGCGUUGUGGGAGCGCGUGGAGGCCGGAGGGCGGCAGAUGGAGCAGAGACACAGGGAGGUUCUCCGGCUCUACACUGACCUCCAGCGGCAGCAGCUGGCCUCUGCUCACAGCAGUGAAGAGGAGCCCUGGCUGAGUGGCCUGCUGGACCAUCAGGUGUCCCAGCUCAGGAGGCGACUGGAUGAGGAGAGACUGCAGAGGGAACAGUUCCAACAGCAGGAUUUGUUGGAGCAGCAGAGUCAAGCGUCUCGUCUGGAUCAGCUGGAGCUGCAGCUGCAGACACUGGCUGCCAAAACAGAGGAGGUGCAGUGGAGACAAGAAGCUGCUACAACAGUUUCACCUUCACCUACAACACUUCCAGCUGCUGUCAGCGGUGGUGUGGACCGUCAGUCCCACGAUGCCUUGCUGGCAGAGGUAGAGAGGUUGGAGGCGGCUCUGGAGGGCGUCAGGCGGGACGUUGAGGGUCUGUCUGGGUUUCAGGACGGCUGCCAGCGACUCGACAGAAUCCAGCAGACGAUUUCAGCACAGGUUUCAACUCAGGUCCGGGAGGAGGUGCGGGCUCUCGUAUAUGGGAACCAGCUGAAGGUGGGGGGCGGGGGAGACUCCGCUACCCUCCCGGAGUCCCUGCUCCAGUGGCUGUCGCAGCAGUACGUCAUCGGGGCCGACCUGCAGGUGGCGCUGGCCUCUCUGGAGCUCAGGAUCGUGCAGAACAUCAGCCUGCAGCUGGAGGAGCGCCGCAGUGAGGAGAUGGUCAGAGAGGCCGUCCUUCAAAACACGGGGGCUGCUGAGGCCACCGUAACUCAGGAGGACGUCCAGGUGAUCGUGAAGAACGCUCUGCAGCUGUUUUCUCAGGACCGAACUGGCCUGGCCGACUACGCUCUGGAGUCUGGAGGGGGCAGCAUCCUGAGCACUCGCUGCUCUGAGACGUAUGAGACGAAGGCCGCCCUGCUGAGUCUGUUCGGAGUUCCCCUCUGGUAUUUCUCUCAGUCUCCUCGAGCUGUAAUCCAGCCAGAAGUCAAUCCAGGAAACUGCUGGGCCUUCAGAGGCUCCAAAGGCUUCCUGGUGAUCCGCCUCUCCAUGAGGAUCCUCCCCACCGCCUUCUCCCUGGAGCACAUCCCCAAAGCCCUGGCACCCAGCGGCACGCUGCGCAGCGCCCCCCGAGACUUCAGCGUCUACGGUCUGGAUGAUGAGAGCCAGGACAGCGGGAAGCUGCUGGGCACUUACGCCUACGACGAGGGUGGAGAGGCUCUGCAGACCUACCCUGUCACCGAGGAGAAUGAUCAGGCCUUCCAGAUCAUCGAGGUGCAGGUGUUGUCCAACUGGGGCCACCAGGAGUACACCUGCAUGUACCGCUUCAGAGUACACGGGACGCCCAGCGACGUCUGAGGACGUUGCACGGAUUAGUGUCAAAGUAUUUAAUACACCAACAGUGUGGAGACGACGGAGACGCCGUGAAACGGAGCAACACGUCAAACAUGGAUGUUUCAUUGAGUCGUGUCCUGCUGACUGUGCCUGGGUCACCGCAGACUUGACUUACUCUGAGUUGAUUUUGUUGCUCAAAGUCUCAGCAGUGACUAUAACCUCACUGAGGGAGGUCACUUCCCUCCCUCAGACCUGAUGUGAUCUGAGCGUCGUCCUUUUCCUGUGGAAAAAGGACACAGUGACAGCUUUAGGUGUGACGUGUAAUUUUUCUGUCAAUAGUUAAUAUUUUUAUAUCAGUGUUUUUGUAUUUGCCGUGUUCAAAGGUCCUUGUUGCUGUUUUUUUAAAUCAUCAGUGUGGUCAUACAGUUGUGAGCAGUUUUACAGGAUAAGCUCAUAUUUUUUCAAGUCUCUUAAUACAAACGCUCGUCCGUGUAUAUUAAAACAUUUUGGGUGGCUGUAA